AUGAAUAGAUAUAAGAAAGUAUCAAAUAUUAUUUAUAUAUAUAGUGUAUUUAAUAUUUGUUCAAAUUGUAUAGAUCAUAUUCCAGAAAAACACAUUUUUGAACUAAAAAAAUAUGCAAAAUUACAAAUUAUAUUUUGUGAAAAUAGAAAUGAUAAAAGUAAUAUAACAUAUGAAACAUCUUCUAAUAAAAUUUUAAAAAGUUUUGUUAAUGAGGAAAAAGAAAUUAAUAGUACUUCAAAAGAGGCUCAAAAAAAAAAAUUUAAUGAUAAUUUAAAAUAUAAAAAUAUUUUAAACAAUGAAAACUCUAUUAUAGAUGAAGAAGGGGAAAAUGAAAAAUAUAAUUGUAACACCAUUAAUAAAAGUACAGAAUGUUUUAAUGAGACAGACUUAAACGAAAAAAAUGAAGAGAAGACAAAAAAUAACAAGAAAAAUUAUGAUCAAAUGAAUAACUCAGAAAUGUAUAAUGAAGAAAGAAAUAAUGACGAAGAAGGUAAAAAUGUAAAAAAUAUGGAUGAGUCCCAAGAUGAAUUGGAUGAAGAUAUGAUUAAUUUAAUUCAAGAUAUAUUAAAAAAGUAUAAUAUAGUUCUGUUUAUGAAGGGUACAGCUUUAAAUCCCUUUUGUAAAUAUAGCAAGCAAGCUAUACAUAUUUUAAAAUUAAAUAAAGUUAAAGAAAUUCAUACAGUAAAUAUUUUAGACAACGAAAAAUUAAGAAAUGCCUUAAAAAUUUAUUCUGAGUGGCCUACAUUUCCUCAAUUAUAUGUUAACAGUAAAUUUAUAGGAGGAAUAGAUAAACUUCAAGAGUUACAUGAUAAUAAUAAAUUAAAAGAAUUAAUAGAGAAUUUUUAA